CGCGUCCGGUCAUGAUUCGGUUCUCUUCGGUUAAUCGGAUCGAUGGUCAAUCGCACGAUCGAUGCGCACUCUGUUGAGGUUGGUGUUAGAAUGUUAGCAGUUUUACCGGCUUUCGCCUAUUUAAAGAUGCUGUCGAAUGAGCGUGUAGUUGUGGCUUACGUGUGUUUGUAUGUGUGUGUGUACACGCAUACACAGCGAAGCUUUUAUAAAGGAGACGUCUAGCUGUUUUGCGCGUUAUUUCAGUGCUUAUACUCAGAGGAAACGGUUCCAGCAGCGCAGCAUCCAAGCAACCAACCAACCAACUAAGAGAUGGCCCGUACCAAGCAAACUGCCCGCAAGUCAACCGGAGGAAAGGCUCCCCGCAAGCAGCUCGCCACCAAGGCAGCGCGCAAGAGUGCCCCGGCCACUGGUGGUGUGAAGAAGCCCCAUCGUUACCGCCCCGGUACGGUCGCGCUGCGCGAGAUCCGUCGCUACCAGAAGUCGACCGAACUGCUGAUCCGCAAGCUGCCCUUCCAGCGGCUGGUGCGUGAGAUCGCCCAGGACUUCAAGACCGAUCUGCGCUUCCAGAGCUCGGCCGUGAUGGCGCUGCAGGAGGCCAGCGAGGCGUACUUGGUCGGUCUGUUCGAGGACACGAAUCUGUGCGCGAUUCACGCCAAGCGUGUUACCAUCAUGCCAAAGGACAUCCAGCUGGCGCGUCGUAUCCGUGGCGCUACGGAUGUGCAACGAACGGAUGGCACUCCUCAUAUCCUCGAAACACAUGAAACAAAUAGAGGAAAAGUUAAGGGAAAGGCAAAGUCCCGCUCGAAUCGUGCCGGUUUGCAAUUCCCGGUUGGUCGUAUCCAUCGGCUGCUGCGUAAGGGCAACUAUGCCGAACGUGUCGGUGCCGGAGCGCCGGUAUAUCUGGCCGCCGUGAUGGAAUAUCUGGCCGCUGAAGUUCUCGAGUUGGCAGGAAACGCCGCCCGUGACAACAAGAAGACGCGCAUCAUCCCACGUCAUCUGCAGCUUGCGAUCCGCAAUGACGAGGAGUUGAACAAACUGCUGUCGGGAGUGACUAUCGCCCAGGGUGGCGUCCUUCCCAACAUCCAGGCCGUGUUGUUGCCGAAGAAAACUGAGAAGAAGAUGGCCCGUACCAAGCAAACUGCCCGCAAGUCAACCGGAGGAAAGGCUCCCCGCAAGCAGCUCGCCACCAAGGCAGCGCGCAAGAGUGCCCCGGCCACUGGUGGUGUGAAGAAGCCCCAUCGUUACCGCCCCGGUACGGUCGCGCUGCGCGAGAUCCGUCGCUACCAGAAGUCGACCGAACUGCUGAUCCGCAAGCUGCCCUUCCAGCGGCUGGUGCGUGAGAUCGCCCAGGACUUCAAGACCGAUCUGCGCUUCCAGAGCUCGGCCGUGAUGGCGCUGCAGGAGGCCAGCGAGGCGUACUUGGUCGGUCUGUUCGAGGACACGAAUCUGUGCGCGAUUCACGCCAAGCGUGUUACCAUCAUGCCAAAGGACAUCCAGCUGGCGCGUCGUAUCCGUGGCGAGCGUGCUUAA